AUGGCUCCGGUUGCUAUAGAACGAGAGCUUCCAACCGGAGAUAUCCCAAUCAAAUCAUGGACUCGUCCUGCACCCACUAGAGAAAGUCUCGACUGGGCUCCUCUAGUCGAAAUUGAUCUAUCGCGUUUUGACGAACCUGGCGGAAAAGAGGAACUUGCCAAACAGUUAUACGAUGCCGUAACCCGAGUUGGCUUUUGGGUGGUAGUUGGACAUGGCCUUGAAGAGGAACGCAUUAUUCGCCAAUUCAGUAUCGGUAAUGCGUUCUUUAAAGAGCCGCUCGAGGAAAAGCGAACUUUCGCCUGCAACUUUGCCGAGGGUGAGUAUUUCGGCUAUCGGGAGAACAACAGGUGGGUCGGAGAGACUGGUGUCAAAGAUAAUAUAGAAAUGCUCAAUAUUCAAAAACCGAUCUCCACAUGGGAGGAUGUCCCAAAACAUAGGAUCGUACGCCAAAACUGGGACGAGAUCGCGAGCUUUCAUCGUGACGUAUUCGAGAACGUUAUUAGGAAGCUACUCAUACUAAUAGCCAUCACCCUUGAGCUACCCGAGGACUACCUGGUUCAGGCACAUGCUUACGAGAGGCGCUCUGAUGAUCACCUGCGAUACAUGAUCUAUAACACGCGAACUCAAGAGGAGUGGGACAAGGCACAGGGAUACACACAGGGCGGCCAUACAGACUUUGGUAGCCUGACACUACUGUUUUCGCAACAUGUUGCUGGCUUGCAGAUUCGGACGCCAGAAGGAGACUGGAAAUAUGUGAAGCAUGUUGAUGGUGGGAUUACGUGCAAUAUUGCCGACACUUUAUCUUUCCUUACAAAUAGUUUCCUGAAAUCCACGAUUCACAGGGUUGUCACCCCGCCAAGUGAUCAACUCGCCAUACCUCGUCUUGGAUUGCUAUACUUCUGCAGACCUGGAGACCAUACCAUCAUGAAGACGGUGCCCUCUCCUUUACUUGAUCGUCUCGGUCUGCUUACUGAGGAGGAUAAAGACACAAGUAAGCUCGUCGCUACAGGGACGGAAUAUGUCCGUGCCAGAGUUCGUGAUGUUCACUACAAAUCCGUGAUUGAUCGUCGGGAGAACACGUCCUUUGAGUUCAAGGGUUUGAAGGUGGCGAAUCAUUAUGCAUAG